AUGAGCAGUUCAGAUAGAAUCGAACUUUCGAUUGAUCCAGGUACUUGGAAUCCUAUGGAUGAAGACAUGUUUUCUCUGGAUCCCAUUGAAUGGGACAAACCUUAUACGGAAGACGAACCUUCUACGGAAGAUGAAUACGAAUCUUCUACGAAAGACGAAUACGAAUCUUCUACGAAAGACGAAUACGAAUCUUCUCCGGAAGACAAACCUUCUAACGAACCUUCUACAGAAGACAAACCUUCUAACGAACCUUCGACGGAAGACAAACCUUAUACGGAAGACAAAUCUUCUCCGGAAGACGAAUCUUCUCCGGAAGACGAAUACGACUCUUCUACGGAAGACGAACCUUAUAUAGAUCGUCUUGAUUUUUAUCAAGAAAGUACAUGA